CUUUAUAGUAUGAACACCAAAAUCUCGGUGGUGUGAAUUUUCUUACAUAUAUAUUAUUGGUAGAUUUUCUAACAAGAAUACAUGAUCAAAAUUGCACAUAACCAGUCGCUUUGACGUUUUGAUGGUGGUUACUUUACUCCGCACACGUUUACAAGUGAGGUUAGCUCAAGUUUUUUUCUAAAAUGGUGAAAAGCAAGAAAAAGUGUUUAACGCUUUACGAAAAAGCCAAAAUUAUCGAAGAGCAUAAAAAGGGCAUGUGUGUCACGGCGUUGUCUAAAAAAUACCACGUAGCAAAAUCUACUAUAUGUUCUAUUAAAAAUAAAGAAGACAGAAUUUUGAAAAUUGUACAUCAAAGUAUUAAACCCGGUAAAAUUCAAAAACGUACAUUAAAAGAAGCAGAAAAUCCGAAGUUAGAAAGAUUACUUUAUAAAUGGUUUGUUAAACAACGUGAACGAAAUUUGCCAGUUACAGGUGACAUGAUUAAACAAAAGGCUCUAGUUAUACAUAAGCAGCUCAAUUCACAAAAUGAAACAUUUAACGCAAGUGAUGGGUGGCUUCAAAAAUUUAAAUGGCGUCAUGGAAUAAGACUUCUCAAGAUUGCAGGAGAGAAGUUGUCUUCUCAACCCGAGCUAAUAAAUCCGUUUACAAACGAAUUAGCUAAGAUUAUUAAAGAGCUUGAUUUAACAGAAAAUCAAAUUUACAAUGCAGAUGAAACAGGAUUAUAUUGGAAACUUUUACCGGAUAAGACUUAUGUUGCACUACAUGAAAAGACAGCCCCUGGUCUGAAAAUUGCGAAACAGCGAGUAACUUUUUUGGGAUGUCUUAAUGCUACAGGUUCGCAUAGGUUAACACCUCUCUUAAUUGGAAAAGCAAAAUCACCUAGGGCGUUCAAGAACUUCCAAAAUCCAUUCGUGUACAAGAAUACCAAGAAUGCAUGGAUGACCCAAGAUAUCUUUAAACAUUGGUUUUUCAAACAGUUUGUCCCUGAGGUAACAGCGUUUUUAAAAAGCACAGGGUUGCCAGUGAAAGCUGUCCUCAUAUUAGAUAACGCUCCAUCCCAUCCUUCAGCAGAUGAAUUAAAAACCCCUAAUGGAGCAAUUUUUACUAUGUUUAUGCCACCAAACGUAACACCAUUAAUUCAACCGAUGGAUCAAAAUGUGUUGCGACUUACUAAGUUGUACUACAGAAAAAGCUUGUUGAGUUCUGUAGUGUCUAAAGGUGAAGGAGUUGCAGAGGCACUCAAAACAAUAACUUUAAAGGACGCAAUUAUUCAUCUACAUAAGGCGUGGUGGAAGUUGGACCCUUUGAUGAUUACAAAAUGUUGGAAUCCUAUUUUAGGUAAAAAUGAAGACCAAGAUAAUAUACCCUUAGCUACACUGCGGAAAACAUGGACUAACGAAACUGAAAAACUGAAUAAUGACACUAUUUUGUUUGUUGGAAGCGAUUGAACCCGCCGAGUAUACGCAACAAGAUGUUGAAGAAUGGAAUAAGGACGUUAUUGAUAACGAUGGUUUGGAAAGUGAAGAUAGCGCUGAUUCAGAAAAUUCUGAUUGUGAAGUGAUUAGCACAGAAGAAAAAAAAAUUUCGCAUGUUGAGGUUCUUGAAGCGUUAAAAGCAGUUUCACAAUGGUCCAUUCAAAACCUUGUUGACGUAAGUGACAUGGUAGCUCUAAAGAAAAUAGAAGAAAAAGCUGUAAUGUUAAAUAUAACCCAAAAUAAAAUUCAAACAAAAAUUACGUCCUAUUUUAAGUAGUAUGUAGUCAAUGUAGUGUAUGUACUACCUUUUUUGUUAACUUUUUUUUUUUAAUAAUAAUGCAUUUAUUUUACCAUAUUACGUACAAGUUUGUGUUUUUGUGUUGUUUUUACUUUUUUUGUAUUACUUAAUUAUUUUUUAAUAAA